AUGACGCCGACGCUGCGCGGCGGCGCGCGCGACGCGCCGGGACCGUCGAGCGCGCGAGGAGGAUCCGGGACGGAGUACGUGCUCGCGCGAAGGCUGGCGCACCCGUUUCGGAGCGCCGCGAUCGGGGACGUGGUGGCGUUCGCGCACCCGAGCGACGCGACGCGAACGCUGAUACGACGCGUGAGCGCGACGGAGGGCGACGAACUCGUGGACGCGGCGAACGCGAGCGUGUACGUGGUGCCGAAGGAUCACGCGUGGGUGACGGCGGACGCGGACGCGGAGACGGAUUCGGCGAAGAGCGCGGGGAGACACGAGGACUCGCGGUCGUUCGGACCCGUGGACGCUUGGGCGUUGGAGUGGCGGGUGAUGUAUUCGAUGCGGAGCGCGGUGGAUCACGCGACGGUGGAGAACAGCGCGGCGGCGCGCGCGGCGGACGCGCCCGUGCUCGAGGCGGAGCUCGCGAACGCGAUGGAAGCGCUCGGGUGGGACGGCGAGGGCGAGGGCGAGGGCGAGGGCGGCGAGGGCGAUUAG